AUGUUCCGAGAAUGUCUCUUUGCACUGCUCAUUCUUAUCGCUAUUCAAAUUGUUUUGAGUGACGAUGGUGUGAAUCUGUUGAACGGACCUGGAGCGAGUAAUGAAACGGAUGAUUCGAAUUCAACCAAUGGCAAUUCAACCGACGACAAUUCAACCACAACAAAGAGUCCCGAUGCAGCCACUUCAAAUGCUUUCUCAAUGAUUUUCCUUUUCUUUUCUCUCUACUUAGGAUUAAGGCCAAUGUUG